AUGGUCCUGUGCCCAUCUCAUAUCAAUCCCUACCACAUCAAAGAUGUGUCCGCGGCUGUUCUCCUAGCAACAAUCUGCAUCUGGUCCAUCCGACAUAUUCUUCAAAAGAAGUCCAAAAAGACCCGUACGACGGGAGUAACAAGACGUUCAACACCAGACCUCGAGGAGAAAUCCUCCGCAUCCACAAAACUCAAAAGGGUCACCCGAAAACCCGGAGAAUGGAUUCCAUCCGACUUCCAGCGACCUCCUGCCACUCCUUUUCCAGAUUGGAAUGUAUAUACGACAAAGCCAAUUCCAUACCGACCCUUCAGAUACGGACCAAAAUACUUCAUUACCAUGGGACUACGAAGUAUGAAAUGGGAUGAAUGGAUCGAACUCGACAACCACUACCUCCGCUACCACGCCGACAAAGCCCAACGCAUCAAAGACCGCGGUGCAAAAUGCUGUCGCACAGCACCCGAAGCCAUGGACGGUGCAAUCGAACUACUAGAGGAACUAGCAUCCUACCUCCCCGAACGAUACCCGAGCAUGUUCUGUAAAACACCAACAGGUCUCGACAACCUCAUCACCAACGAGUCUUUCAACAUCACGCAGCGUCCACUCCCCGAAGACCCAAUGACGACAGCCGCCCGUCUCAUACAAGACGACCUGGCACUGAUGAUCGAAGGCCCGGACGGUGAAUACCACCUCCUCGCAGGAUCCAUCCUCCUAGCCGGUUUCUGGCGUCUCGAAGACAAAUUCAGCAUGUGCCUGUCAGACAUCCACACAUCCGGCGACGUUCCCGGAUACAAAGAGAAACUCGAAAAGGGAAUGAUGAAUUUCUUCCGACGGAUUCGACCGGAAGAUCCCGUACUCCGAAAUAACUAUUUCAUCCAGGUGGAUGAUAACUUGCCUUGGUCGUCAAGUAUCGGAUGCGAGGACUCGGUCGAGGUAUCGUGGAAUACGGCGGAGAAGAACCGGGCUAUAGAGAAUCAUUAUUUCCGCUCGGAGAGACAGUCGUUAAGACGGUUGCCGAGGUCUGGUGCUGUGGUGUUCACCAUCCGGACUUAUUUUGAACCCAUCACCGGUAUCGUUGCUGAGCCAUAUAAAGGGAGGGAGAAGUAUGAGGAGGUGCUGUUGGAGUAUUUGGAUCGGAAACAUCAGGAGCAGGUCUCCUGUGGGUUGGAUCUAGAGAAGGAAGAUGAAAUGCGAAGUUAUCCUUUUUAA